AUGUCCGAGCCCGCCCGCCCCGGCCUCUCCUCGCCGCCCGGCAUGGCCCGCCCGCCGCUGCCCGCCGCCGCGCUGCUCGCCGCCGCCCUGCUGCACUGCGCGCCCGCCGCGCCCGCCCGCCGCCACAAGCCGGACAUGUCUCGAAAACAUCACACCUGGAAGGAGCAGAGUCCCUGGCUUUCAUCCCUGGUAGGGACUGGGGUGGCCGCCAAGAGCUUCCCCAUGGGUGCAGAUGAGCAGGCAGCAGGCUGGAACCCACCCCGCUGUGGUGUGCCAGACCUCCCGGUGCUGCCGGACGGCCAGAACGGGCGCAACCGGCAGAAACGCUUCGUCCUUUCCGGGGGACGCUGGGACAAGACUGACCUCACCUACAAAAUUAUCAGAUUCCCAUGGCAACUUGUAAAAACCAAAGUGAGAAGGACCAUCGAGGAGGCUUUGAAAGUCUGGAGCGAUGUGACACCGCUGACCUUCACUGAGGUUCAGGAGGGCCGGGCUGACAUUGUCAUUGAUUUCACAAGGUACUGGCAUGGUGACAAUUUGCCCUUUGAUGGGCCCGGAGGGAUCCUGGCACACGCAUUCUUCCCCAAGACGCAUCGGGAAGGAGAUGUCCAUUUUGACUACGAUGAGACAUGGACGAUCGGGAACAACCUGGGCACUGACCUCCUCCAGGUGGCUGCUCAUGAGUUUGGCCACGUGCUGGGCCUGCAGCACACAACUGUCUCCAAGUCACUGAUGUCUCCUUUCUACAUCUUCCGCUACCCGCUGAGCCUGAGCGAGGAUGACAAGCAGGGUAUCCAGUAUCUCUAUGGGAAACCCAAACUGGAUCCCGACCCAACCCCAAUGCAGCCAGCAGAGCUGCCCCAGCCAGACCUUGAAACAAACGAGAUCACCAACGUGGAGGCUGCGCAGCCCGAUGCCUGUGAGACAGCUUUUGAUGCUGCAGCCACCAUCCGGGGAGAGCUGUUCUUCUUCACAUCUCGCUACGUGUGGCGGCUCCGAGCUGGAAAGCUGCAGGCCGGUUACCCAGCUCUGGCCUCACGUCACUGGCAGGGGAUCCCAAGUUCUGUCGAUGCCACCUUCGAGGACCCUCUGGGCAAUAUCUGGUUUUUCCAAGAUUCUCAGUACUGGAUUUAUGACGGCGAGAGAAGAGUCUCUGGUCCCACCCCAACUGUAGAGCUGGGCCUCCCUGCUUCUCCCGUGCAGGCAGCUCUGGUGUGGGGAGCAGAGAAGAACAAGAUUUACAUCUUCAGUGGAGGCAACUACUGGCGCUUCAACCCUCGCACGCGCCAGGUGGACAACAUCUACCCCCGGACCAUGGCUGACUGGCGUGGUGUCCCACAGGAGAUUGAUGCUGCUUUUCAGGAUGAGUUGGGUUUUGCCUAUUUCCUGAGAGGCCGAGACUACUGGAAGUUUGACCCCGUCCAGGUGAAGGUGCUGGAGGGUUACCCACGCCUGAUCAGCCAGGACUUCUUCAGCUGCACACCUUCCUCCAACUCCUUCCGAUGAAGGAGCAUCCCCCACUCUUCCCUUCCAUCCUUGACCUCCAGCAGCCACAGAGGGCUCCGCUGCCCUUCCUGGCUCCUUUCAGGCGCAGAGCCUGACACAACAGACGUCUGUCACAACAAGUGACAAAGUUUGCUCCUCUCCCGUUCCAGCAGCAGCCCCAGCUUCUGUCACUGUCAACACAAAAGCAUCUGCCACAUUCUUUACAGACACGAGCAGGCCAGGUCCUUCCAGCGAUAGCAUCCCAAGAGCCAUCAGGCCCGCCUGGAACGGGACUCCCCCCAUAACCCCGACCCGCCGUCGCCCUCCGCUCCGUGAGGCCGCAGCC